AUGCCCUUCUUCUGCGCAGCCUGCCUGCCAGAGGCCCAGGAGCAGUUUGGACGGUACUGCUGCCUCUUCAUGACCGAGCCCAGUCCCCGGUCGAGGUCGCACACCUUGACGCCCCUGCUCAGCCGGCUCCUGCCGGCGCCCGUCCGUGAGGACAGCGCCGUCAGCCAUGAAGUCCUCGGCGUCGUGGUGAUCGACGCCACCGGCGUCAACCUCCCGCCGCGCAGACCCCGCCCGGGGGCGCAGAGGAAGGUGGCCCGCAAGCACAUGGCCUACCUCUCCAACCUGGCGGUGAUGAAGGACCGCCGGCGGUCAGGCCUGGGCAUGCUGCUGGUGGCCGCCGGAGAGGAACGGGCCCGCGCCUGGGGCUGCCGCAGCAUGGCGCUGCAUGUGGAGGCGGGCAACCUGCAGGCCCUGGCCCUGUACACGCGCGCAGGGUACCGCAGGGUGGGCACCCAGCCGCGGUGGCAGGCGCUGCUGGAGCUGCGACGGGAACCGCUGGUCCUGCUCAUGAAGAGGCUGCCGCCCCAAGACAGGCCAUGA